UAUGGGGUGUGAUUGUGAUUGUGAUUGUGAUUGUUUGUGAUGGGAUGUGAUGGAUAAAGGUGGGGGCCUUGAAGGUUGGGUUUCUUUUCUCUUCUCUUCCUCUUCGUCUUUCCUUAAGUCUGGGAGGUUUUUGUUGGUCUAUAUGUUUUUGGGUUGGUGGGCGCUGGUGUCUGUUGUAUACUACCCUCAUACUAGGAGGGCUGUGUAGGUGUGUUGGGGGUGUUAUUACGUCCAAGUAUAUAGUUUUCCAAUUCAGAUCGUGAAUGAAUGCUAGAAAUAUGUACUAGUAUCAUGCUUUC